UGGAGUGGGGACACUCUUAUCAUCAACUUUUUCUUUUACUUUAAGCUUAUCAAUUUAAAUGCCUUCUUUUUGCAUUGGAGCUUAGACCAUAGACAAGUUUGAUCCUCAGUGCUACUCACUUUCUCAAGGGCAUAUGGAACCGGUAAUGCCCCAUGCUGUCUGUAUUCCUCUACCUGCUCAAGGCCACAUAAACCCCAUGUUAAAACUUGCCAAACUUCUCCAUUUCAAGGGCUUCCAUAUCACUUUUGUCCACACAGAAUUCAACUACCAACGCGUACUUACCUCUAGAGGAUUAGACUCUCUCAGGGGCUUAGCCAAUUUCCAAUUUGAAACAAUAUCUGAUGGUUUGCCAUCAACAAAUCCGCGGCGAAUACAAGACCUACCAGACUUGUGCUUAUCGUUACCGGUUCAGGGGUUACGUUCCUUUCGAGAUCUGAUAAUAAAACUUAAUGGUUCAUCAGAUGUCCCUCCUAUUACUUGCAUAAUUUCUGAUGGAGUCAUGAGCUUCACCUUGGAAAUUGCUGAGGAAUUUGGCAUCCCAGAGAUGGUUAUGUUUACUCCUAGUGCUUGUGGUAUGUUGGGUUACCUUCACUUUGAAGAGCUUAAGGAACAAGGUUAUUUCCCAUUGAAAGAUGAGAGUCACUUGAAUAAUGGAUAUCUUGACACUCUGAUUGAUUGGAUACCGGCAAUGAAAGGAGUUAGAUUAAAAGAUAUCCCCACGUUCAUUCGAACCACGAAUCCUGAUGACAUAAUGUUCAAUUACAACUUACAAUCCGUGAACAAUGCCAGGAAAGCUGCAGCUGUAAUCCUCAACACUUUCGAUGAUUUGGAACAGGAAGUCUUGGAUGCCAUCAAGACCAAAGUCAUCAAGCUCUACACUGUUGGUCCAUUAUCAAUGCUUCACCGGAAAGUUUGUCCUGGAAAUUUGGACUCCAUCGGAUCGAAUUUGUGGAAAGAAGACACCCAAUGCUUAGCUUGGUUAGACAAGAGAAAACCCAGGUCGGUUGUAUACGUAAAUUAUGGGAGCUUGAUAACAAUGACGCCGGAACAAUUGCGCGAGUUUGCUUGGGGACUGGCUGACAGCAAGUACCCAUUCUUGUGGGUUAUCAGGGCAGAUCUUGUCAAGGGUGGAGAAGAAAUAUUAUCCAAGGAAUUUAUGGAGGCAAUAAGCGAUAGGGGUCAGCUUGUGGGUUGGUGUCCGCAAGAGAGAGUGCUAAGUCACCCUUCUGUAGGAGGCUUUUUGACUCAUUGUGGGUGGAAUUCUACAUUGGAAAGCAUUUGUGAAAGGGUGCCAGUGAUGUGUUGGCCAUUUUUUGCAGAGCAACAGAUGAAUUGUUUCUACUCGUGUACGAAGUGGAGCAUUGGGAUGGAAAUAGACAGUGAUGUGAAAAGAAAGAAAGUUGAAGCUCUUGUGAGGGAGUUGAUGGAAGGGAUGAAGGGGCAAGAUUUAAGGCAAAAGGCUAUGGAUUGGAAGAAAAAGGCUGAGGUAGCUACAAGCCCUGGGGGGUCUUCUUACGCUAAUUUUGAUACCAUUGUUAAGCAGUUGAAACAGGGAAAUGGUAAUUGCUACUGUAAGUAACUAGGGUGGGGAUUAAUCUGGAAACAUGCUAGUUCUGCUCUUCUAGAGGGAAACUUAAAAGGAUGAUGUUAUUCAAAAUAAUUCAUAUCAAUUUUGUGUAAAAGCCUGGGGUUAGAUACAAAUUAUUUUUUUUCCAUGGUCCAAUUUAUAGAAAUUAUUGCAGGAAAGCUGCUAGGGUAGUUUGAUCAUCAGAGACUCCAGCACGUACUUAGGGAAAGAAAUAGACUCCUUGUAAUCUUUUAUAUCCAAUGCCGUUUUGACCCUUUUGGUUUUUAA